GGGUGACCAACACUGUACCAAAACAGCAUGGCCAGCAGGAAGGUUCAGCUUUUUAUAUGGGAAAGAAAAUAAAAUAUAGUCAACUGGAAAUUUCAUUAAUAUUCCUUUUCACUAUGGUCGUAGCGAUAUCCAUUGCACUGGUUGUUCUUUUAGCUCUUCCACAAUCUCAGGAAGACGUUAUUGAAACAACAUGUGCAAUUAUUCCUGACUCAGACAAAAUAGACUGCUUUCCGGAAUCAGGAGCUUCAAAGGCUAAGUGUGAAACUCGGGGUUGCUGCUGGAGAGUGGCGGAAGGAAGAGCUCCAUGGUGUUAUUUCCCUAAAAAUUAUGGCUAUGAAGUUCAGGGAGAGAAAAAGCCAUCUGCUUCAGGGUUUCUUGCUGACCUGAAAAGAAUACCUGCACCAGAUAUGUUUGGAAAUCAUAUAACAAAUCUUCAGCUUAGAGCAGAACUACAAAAAGCCAACCGCUUCCAUUUCAAGAUAACAGACCCCAAAGUAAAAAGAUUUGAAGUCCCUCAUGAACAUAUAAAAGAAUUUAAUGGACCUGCUACUUCAUCUCCAAAUUAUGAUGUAGAACUGAUAGAGAAACCAUUUGGCAUCAAGAUUAAAAGGAGAUCAACUGGAAGGGUUAUAUUUGAUACAACCAUUGGUCCUUUGCUAUAUUCUGACCAGUAUUUACAGCUCUCUGUCAGAGUACCGAGCCAUAACAUUUAUGGAUUAGGAGAGCAUGUCCAUCAAAAUUACCGUCACAAUACUGACUUUCGAACCUGGCCUAUCUUUACUAGAGACAGUUUUCCAAAUGGGGGUACACACAAUUUAUACGGGCACUACACAUUUUUUAUGUGCCUUGAAGAUCACACUGGAGCAUCUGUUGGUGUUUUCUUACUAAACAGUAAUGCAAUGGAAAUUACAAUUCAACCACCUCCGGCAGUGACAUACAGAACAAUUGGAGGAAUCCUUGAUUUCUAUGUCUUCCUUGCAGACACACCCGAAGGAAUAGUUCAAGAAUAUCUAGAGCUGACAGGUAAACCAGCAAUGCCAGCAUACUGGACACUUGGCUUCCACAUCUCUCGUUGGGGAUACAAAUCUCUUGAAGAAGUUGAAGAAGUAGUAAAGAGAAAUCGAGAAAUUGGAAUACCAUAUGAUGUUCAGUUUACUGAUAUCGACUAUAUGGAGAACAAGAAAAUUUUUACUUAUGACCAAGAAAAUUUCAGCCGUCUUCCACAGUUUGCUGAAGACCUCCACAACCAUGGCCAACGUUAUAUCAUCAUACUGGAUCCAGCAGUUGCAACAAGCCCUAAAAUUGAUGGUCCUUAUCAGACUUAUGAAAGAGGUUCUGAAUUGGGCGUUUGGGUUAAUGAAUCAGAUGGCAAAACACCAUUGCUAGGAGAAGUAUGGCCAGGAGAAACAGUUUAUCCAGAUUAUACUAAUCCAGUGUGCACAGCCUGGUGGGUUGAUGAGUGCAAGCGAUUUUAUGAACUAGUAAAAUAUGAUGGUCUUUGGAUUGAUAUGAAUGAAAUCUCAAACUUUGUGAAAGGUUCCAAUAAAGGGUGUGAAGAAAAUAAUCUAAAUUACCCACCUUUUACUCCUGGUAUUCUCGAUGGCCUCAUGUUUUCUAAAACUCUGUGUAUGGAUGCAAAGCAAACCUGGGGAAAUCAUUAUGAUGUCCAUAGUCUUUAUGGUUAUUCCAUGGUACUGUCUACAGAAGAAGCUAUUAAGAGUGUCUUCCCAAACGACAGAAGCAUUAUCUUCACUAGAUCAUCAUUUGCUGGUACAGGAAAAUACUCUGGUCACUGGCUUGGAGAUAAUGCUGCAACAUGGAAUGACAUUAAAUGGGCUAUACCAGGAAUGCUGGAAUUUAAUUUGUUUGGAAUACCUUAUAUUGGUGCAGAUAUUUGUGGAUUCUUUGAUAACUGCACAGAAGAACUUUGCAGGAGAUGGAUGCAGGUUGGCGCAUUUUACCCAUUUGCCAGGAAUCAUAAUGCUGAGGGUUAUGAACCACAGGACCCUGCAAAAUUUGGUGCCAACUCAGCUUUGGUAGAAUCAUCUAGACGAUAUCUGAAAAUUCGCUACACUUUGUUACCUUACUUAUAUACUUUGUUCUACUAUGCUCAUACCAGAGGAGACACAGUUGUGAGGCCAUUGCUACAUGAGUUUUUUUCUGAUAAUAUUACAUGGUCCAUCGAUCGCCAGUUCCUCUGGGGUCCAGCUUUUCUUAUAACUCCUGUCUUGGAUCCGGGUACUGACAGAAUUAAUGGAUAUAUGCCAGAUGCUGUGUGGUAUGAAUAUGAAACGGGAGGCAGAGUAACGUGGAAGAAAGAAUGGGCAUCCUUAUACCUACCAGGUGACAAAAUUGGACUUCAUCUUAGAGGAGGCUACAUCUUUCCUACACAAAAGCCAGAUAACACAACAUAUUACAGUCGGAUGAACUCUAUGGGGCUUAUCAUUGCAUUAGACGAAGAAGGAAAGGCUUCUGGAAACCUUUACUGGGAUGAUGGAGAAUCAAGAAGUGCAAUUCCUACAGAGAGCUACAUCAUGUAUGAUUUCUCUCUCAGCAAUAACCAGCUAAAGAUGCAAGCAGUAAAAAGUAGCUACAUUGACCGAAACAAUCUACAGUUUGAUGAAAUUAAAAUCCUUGGAGUUUCACACAACUUACAAAAUGUAACCGUGGCACAAGAGGGAACUGGUUCUACAACAAUCAUAUCAAAAAAUCAAAUUCAAUAUGACACUACCUACAAGUAUGCACUGAUCACAGGUCUGACACUGAAUCUUGGAACAUCGUAUACAGUAGCAUGGACCAUCUCUAGCGAAUUGUUGGAUUCUGAAAAAAUUGACUGCUAUCCUGACGAUGGUACAAGUCAGUCUGCUUGUGAAGAGCGGGGAUGCCUCUGGGCUCCAACACAGGUGUCUGGAACACCAUAUUGUUUCUACCCAAAAAGUUAUGGAUAUUCUCUUACCAGUCUGGAAUAUAAAGAUACGGGGCUUACUGCAACAAUAACAACAAGUAGUACUCCACGCUUUGGACCUCAGUUUCCUUCUAUCACUCCUCUGGAAGUGGAUGUAACAUAUCUUGAGAAUAGUUUCUUGCGUUUUAAGAUCUAUGACCCAAACAAUAAAAGAUAUGAAGUCCCUGUGCCACUGGACCUGCCUACAACCCUAGCAACUGAUGAAAGCAAACGUCUCUAUGAAGUUCAUAUUACAGAUCAACCAUUUGGUAUUCAGGUUAAAAGGAAAAGUACAGGAACAAUCAUAUGGAAUUCACAAGUACCUGGUUUUAGCUUCACUGAUCAGUAUAUUGAAAUUUCUACACGUCUGCCUUCAGAGUAUGUUUAUGGAUUUGGAGAAAAUGAACAAGCAACAUACAGACAUCACAUGAAUAGAGAAACCUAUGGAUUAUUUGCAAAAGACCAGCCUCCAGGUGAAAAGUUAAACAGCUAUGGUGUACAUCCAUUUUAUAUGGGAUUAGAAGAAGACUCGAAUUCUCAUGGAGUAUUUCUGUUUAACAGCAAUGCAAUGGACAUAACUUUUCUACCAAUGCCUGGUGUGACUUAUCGAGUAAUUGGAGGUAUACUUGACUUUUUUGUAUUUUUGGGACCAACACCAGAACUAGUUGUGCAACAAUACACAUCUCUUAUUGGUCGGCCUGUCCUACCUGCCUACUGGACACUGGGAUUUCAGCUUAGCCGCUAUGGAUAUGAAAAUGACACUGAGAUAUCUGAUUUAUAUGAAGAAAUGAAGACACAAGGAAUACCAUAUGAUGUCCAGUAUGCUGACAUCGAUUACAUGGACCGUCAGAUGGAUUUUACACUUGGUGAAAAGUUUAGGCGUCUUCCAGAGAUCAUUGACAAAAUGCACAGUGAAGGAAUGCGAGUAGUUGUUAUACUGGAUCCAGCAAUUGCAGGAAAUGAAACGGAUCUUUAUCCUGCAUUUACAAAUGGAGUAAAACAAAAUGUCUUUAUCAAAUGGCCUAACAGCAGCGACAUAGUCUGGGGAAAGGUUUGGCCUGACUUCCCAAAUGUGACAGUUGAUGAAUCAGUUGACUGGGAUACUGCAGUACAGCUGUACCGUGCAUAUGCAGCAUUUCCUGAUUACUUCCUUAACGUAACUAAUGAGUGGUGGAAAGCAGAAAUCAAAGACUUUUAUGAGAAUAUGAACAUCAGAUUUGAUGGAUUAUGGACUGACAUGAAUGAACCUGCCAGCUUUGUGCACGGCUCAGUUAAUGGAUGUAAAAUUACAAGGUUAAAUGAUCCUCCAUAUAUGCCAGCACUAGAGAGCAGACACAUGAAAUUAAAUCACAAGACCUUGUGCAUGGAUAGCCAGCAGCACUUACAAGAUGGUACACCAGUAUAUCAUUACGAUGUCCAUAAUCUAUAUGGUUGGUCACAGUCCAAGUCAACACUUGAGGCAGUGUAUGAAAUAACAGGACAGAGAGGAGUUGUAGUUACUCGGUCAACAUACCCUGGCAGUGGAAAAUGGGUAGGACACUGGCUUGGAGACAACACUUCCAAAUGGGAUCAGUUAUUUAAGUCAAUAAUUGGUAUGCUGGAGUUCAGCCUCUUUGGAAUUUCCUAUACUGGUGCUGAUAUCUGUGGUUACUUUAGUCAUGCUACAUAUGAACUGUGUGCGAGAUGGACACUGUUAGGAGCAUUUUACCCAUACUCAAGGAACCAUAAUGGAAAGGGAUCAAUUAGACAAGAUCCUGUUGCAUUCAAUGAGACAUUUGUAGCACUAACGCGAGAUGUUCUUCACACAAGAUAUUCUUUGUUACCGUACCUGUACACACUGAUGUUUGAAGCUCACUCUGAAGGCAGCACUGUAGUACGACCUUUGCUACAUGAAUUUGUUGACGACAAAACCACGUGGGACAUAUAUGAACAGUUUCUCUGGGGACCUGGAUUGCUCAUUUCACCUGCACUGUAUGAGAAUCAAUACACAGUACUUGGUUAUUUUCCAAACGCCCGAUGGUUUGACUUCUACAGUGGUACAGCUACUGGUUUUCGUAAUGAAUGGAUCAAUAUGACUACCCCGCUUGAACAGAUCAAUUUGCAUAUUAGAGGUGGAUAUAUUAUCCCACUGCAAGAACCAGCUAAUACCACAUUGUACAGCCGCCAAAAUCCUAUGGAACUAAUAGUUCCUCUAGAUGAUAAUGGAGAAGCACGUGGUCAACUUUUCUGGGAUGAUGGUCAAAGCAUUGAGACAUAUGAAAAAGGAGACUACUUCUUAACCAAAUUCACAGCAGCAAAGAAUACAUUGUCCAUUUCAAGAAUUCAUGAUCAAGGAAGAAACACAGCGAAGGACUUAGUUUUGCAACAGGUUCAGGUCUGGGGAAUUAACAAUGCACAACUCACAAAUAUCAGCGUAACAUAUGACAUACUUUAUAAUCCAAAAACAUUUUCAGUACCUAUCAACUUUGACGAGAACACUAAGGUGCUCAAAAUAGACCUGAAGGACCAUAUGUGUUACAUCAGUGUUGAUAUGAAAAUUGAAUGGAGCUAAGAAGACAUGAGGGAAAGCACAGUCUAUAUUUUCAUUGCAUAACAUAUAACUGACUCCACAAUUUAUCUAUUGCUGCAGCUUUCUAAUAAAACAGUUUUAGCUGCUAACACUUAUUCAGUAUUACUUUUGUUGACAUGUUUGUUGCAUCAUGUUAUUAAGUAAUGAAUGUCUGUAUACCCAGUGAGUAGUCCUUCCAUAAAUUACAACACUGUUGAAAACAUGCAUGUAUUAGGUAUGUGACCUUGAUACACAGUUAUUGUAUUUUUUCUUAUAUUCUUGCCAAGGAUUCUGUUAUUACAUGUGUCUUGGAAUCAUGUAAUCAAAUCUUCAAGAGAAAACAUACUCAUUAUGGUGAGGAACCCAUGAAUAUCAAAUAAUGUUUUGCAUUUAACUUUAAUGCCUUUGUGUAACUUGAUAGUUCUAUGUCAUCACAUACACAACAAUAAGGUUGAUCUCAAUCGGCCAUAUUUUGUUAUUUAUAAUGUAAAAGCAAAUAAAAAUGGACUAGUUCAAAAUAUGUAUGAAAAUACAGCUAAAGUGGUGUGCAUCUAAAAUGGCAUGCAGAAUGCUGGAAAAAGCCUUGUAAGUUAAUUAUGACCUUGGUUCUAUGGUAAUGUAUUCAAGAUUUAGUUAAACAUGCACUGAAGAAUUGCAGUUUUAUUUGAAAAUAAAGGUGCAAUACUGACAGUUGUAAAAUAUAAAUGAUUUCCGUGCAUGUAGUUUAUGGUAUCUUUCAAAUAUAAAACUUUCAGAAAAUC